UUCAACAACUCUCCAUAGGCAUUCUUGUGGAAAGCACUCAUGACAUGCUCGCUACAGUCUUACCCCCCGCUGAACCGAAAUCCCCUAUCACUGGAAGUCAUGGCAAAUUUGACGAGAAGUAUGGAAGUGACUGGCGCCAUAUUGAGGUCACCAGGAGAAUGGUCGACCACAUUGAGGAUGUGUCCCAUAUGGAAGGGCUCUCUAAGCCGAGUGACCCAUUCACCGACAAGAGAUAUCUGACGGUACCUAGUUCCGUGAGAAUCGCACCCGGAGACGAGCAGCGUACCUUACAGCCACUGGUAGAUGAAGACGCAAUCACCCCGGCUCCGGUAAAACCCGCGGGUCCCAUCAAUCCUGGGCAACAUUUGGGUCUGAAACGGCCAACGGCACCGGCUCCUCGACUUGUACGCAGUGGUCCCGGGUCUAAUGCGGACCAGCUACUUCAAUCCCAGGACAAGGGGAAUCCGAGGGUGUCGAUUCCUGAGCGAAAAGCAGCAUAUAGUGGACAUCGAUCCCAUGCGGAAUCAUCCGCCGCUGCGGAGCGGAGAGGGGCCGCUGAGGGCAAUGGCCAAGGCGGGGAGAUUAUGACCGGACAAAUUGUUUUACCUGCCCCUGGACAGACUGGGCCGAGUCUGGGUGAUGGAAACGGGGGGAAAGACAAUCCUCCCAGCCAGGCGGAGCCCAAGCCUCGUAAAGUUCGGCUCCGUCCUAUGCGACCUGGCAUUCUGACCGACGAUGGACUUCCUGUGCGCGACAGUUUGUGGGGUGAGAAUGGCAAGGAAGAAGAUGAGAACGUGAUUCCUACCAACAUCGAGCUACCCUGGCAUAUCCGGCUUAUGAACGAGACGGAUGAUUUGAACACGAUUGCAGUUCAUAUCGCCGCGUUUCGACGCAAUUUAAAAGACUGUGGGGUGGACUUUGCUGUGAACCACCGUCCCCUAUGUUUUUUGGAUGAUGCGGAUCGGAACAGAAAGGUCAGGAAAUUCACCAACUCGGACAAGCGGAAUGGCCACCAUCUUGUCAACCUUUAUUUUCACACCGGACAGCAGAAUUGGGCAACGCUCUGUGUCACAAGAGAGCACCGUAUCACGGGAAGUGUCUGGCAUCACUGGGCUCUGGCUGCGAUCUCGGAGCCCAGGACCUUGCCUACAGACUCCCUUCAUCAGGCAGGAAUACACCUGCUCAUGUAUGAUCCCAUACCGCCCGAGGACCCGACUACCAGGCAGCGCAGGGAAUACUUUGGGAACUAUGUCAGCGACGAUCAGAAAGAAAUGUUAUUGAGAUUCGCCAGGAAGUUCAGGAAUCUGGACUUUGCGAUUAACCGGACCCGAAUCCCUAUACAGGGUGAGACAGAUCCCUUGCGCGAGACCAUGUGGUGGAUCUGGAAUGUGGCUCGCUACGGGGGAAGGUUCUACGAGGGGACCGAUCAGCUGGAUGACCCGCGCUGGGCGCUGACGAACUCAAGAUAUUUCACCCUUGAGAGAAACCGGCGCCGAGAUCUGGACAGAUCUCUGCGACCGAAGCGUCUUCGUCAUAUAAUGCGUUGGUCGCCGAGGGGAGCACGGCAACUGCCGGGUCCGGGGCCUCAGGCGGCGAUUACGGGGGGGAAUUGAAUCCUGUUGAAGAUAGAGUAGCCGAGUUGCGUUCUCUCAGUAUAGCCAAAAUGUGAUGUUGCUUGCCUAGGGCAGCUGCGUCGGGUGCUUCCAUCUGCGAACAAGACUGGUAAAUGGUGAUAAUUAGUGAUGACCAUUCCAGCCCUCUGACAAGUUGUACUAUCAAUAUGUCAGAUUAGAUAGGCGAGAUCCUGCAAAUCAAUACCUGACUAUCCGACAGGGUCUUCAAAAGACAAUCCGAUCCUCUGGAACUCGAUCAACUUGUCAAGGAUACUGUAUGCUCUCCUUCUCAAACGGACCAGUUAUUUUCACUGUUGCUGUUUUUCGUGUAUCAUCUAUGAAUGUAAGCCAGUCGUUUGCUCAGUGAGUGUCAUUAUGCAAUGAUGUUGGCCAUGAUACCUGG